AGUUACAUUUUUUAUUUUGGAGAACUUGAGGCUCGUGUAGCAGGAUGUUUGCUUAACAGUUUCAGCCUUUGUUUUGGCUCAUCGGUUCGUUUUGGUACUCUUUCUUCGGUGGGGAGUUUUGGAAGUAGUGUAAUUACUCCGUUACGGCGGGUGUUAUUUUUAUACUCGAAAUACUCUUUUAGUUGAGCUCAGGCUAAUAUCGAUUCGCUGUUUGAUAAGCGCGGCAGCAAUGGCUAAUUUGGGACCGGCAGUUCAGGUUUGCUUGCGCUCAGACCGAUGUCUCUCAGCGGGAUAGACAAAUGAUUUCACUGUGAAUUCUCCGUCGUCGAGGCUGCCAAGAGCCGAGACACAGCUGUCAAAACUUGUUUCUGCCGCCAAUCUUUGUAAGUGCCUGUGUCAACAAUGGAGACCACUCAGGUGACUCUGACUGUCAGAGGAGACACAUCCCCAGGUGAGGUGAUUGCUGUUGUUGGUAGCUGUGAAGCCCUGGGAUGCUGGAGCCAUCAAAAAGCUGUGACCUUAAAUCCUGAUACUAAUGAUGGAAAUACAUGGACUACAACAAUCACUCUACCUAAAGGUGUUGUUACCAAGUACCGCUAUUUCAGAGGCUUCUUUCUGGAGUCAAAGAGUGCAGGUGGUCCCUGUCAAGUGAUAGUCAAUAUGUGGGAGACCCAUCAUCAGCCCCGCACGAUGAUCCCCACAGCAUCACACCUGAAUAUUGAUGAUGGGCAAUUUGGAAUUAACAAUGGGGUGAAUUGUGUUGACUCUGGGUGGCUCACUUGCCAGACAGAGAUUCGCCUACGUCUGCACUAUUCUAAGAUGUCUCCGGUGUCCAUCACUAAAAAGAAAUUCAAGAAGUCUCGCUUCAGGAUCAAGCUGACAUUGGAGGGCAUUGAGGAGGAGGAAGAUGAAGAGGAAGAUGCACUCAGUCCUUCAUCUUGGAACAAGAUGACCACAACUCUGGAGAUCAGUAUGAUCAGUGCGAAUGGCUAUAAGUCGCGUCACUCGCAGCCUGAGUGUGGGUAUGCCCUGGAGCCCUCCCAGUGGACGGAGUACAGUAUCCACACCAUGGACCCAGACAACCUAGAGCUCACCUUUGAGUUCUUUGAGGAGGAUCUGAGUGAGCAUGUUGUCCAGGGGGAUGCUCAUCCAGGACAUGUAGGCACAGCAUGCCUUCUCUCCUCCUCUUUUUUGGAGAGUGGCAAAGACAUUGGAGUAGUCACACUUCCCAUAAUGGGUCGAAAUUUCCGACAGACCAUCGGGAAAGUUAGAGUGGAUUACCUGGUGAUUCGGCCCAUCCAGGAGCUGCAGUGUGACAUGAGUUCCUCGUUCACCAAGUACUGGAAGAAAAGAAGUACUCUGGAUGUGGGUCACAGAGGAGCUGGCAGCACACAUGCAGCCAAGCACCACAGAGUCAGGGAGAACACAAUAGCCUCAUUCAAAAGCGCCGCCAAGCAUGGUGCAGCCUAUGUAGAGUUUGAUGUUCACCUCUCCAAGGAUGCUGUUCCUAUUGUAUACCAUGAUCUGACAUGCUGCAUAUCCACCAAGAAGAAAAAUGACAAGACUUCACUGGAGCUCAUUGAGGUGCCAGUCAAAGACCUGACAUUUGAUCAGCUGCAGCUUCUAAAGCUGGCCCAUGUCACUGCGAUGAAAGGAUAUGAUAACAAAGAUCUGCUGGACGAUGAAGACGAAAUUGAUGAGCAUCAGCCAUUCCCCUCACUCUCACAGAUCUUUCAGGCUAUUCCUGAGCAUGUGGGUUUCAACAUUGAGCUCAAAUGGAUCUGCCAAAUGAAGGAUGGGUCAUGGGACGGCAACCUAUCAUCCUACUUCAACAUGAAUACCUUCCUCGACGUUGUCCUGUCUUGUGUUCUGCAGAAAGGCGGCAAAAGGCGUAUCGUCUUCUCUUGCUUCGACCCAGAUAUCUGCACCAUGGUGCGUCAUAAACAGAACAAGUACCCCAUCCUCUUUCUUACUCAGGGAAUUUCAGACAGGUAUCCUGAACUGAUGGACAUCCGCUCCCAGACCACUCAGAUUGCCAUAAGUUUUGCCCAGAGUGAGAACAUUCUGGGAAUCAGUGCUCACACCGAAGAGCUGCUAAAGAACCUUACCUUUAUUGGGGAUGCCCAGUCUAAAGGCCUAGUGGUGUUCAGCUGGGGAGAUGACAACAACGACCAUGAGACCAGAAGGAAGCUGAGAGAGCAGGGAAUUGAUGGGCUCAUCUAUGAUAGCAUCUGUGAGGACCAAGGAGAGCAGCCAAAUAUCUUCCAAGUAGAGGAGCAACACUCCCUGCAGGAGGUUAUUACAGAGGAGACCCUAAAGAGCUCCACCUGUUCCUGCUACUCAAUUCCCUGCUCCAUGGGUCCCUGCAUUGCCUCCAAGGUCCGUGCUGGUAGCGCCGAGUCCGAUUCUGGCCUCAGCUCCUCAUAAACACGCCUAAACUACCUUUCAAUAGACCUCACUGCGCACACAGUCAAGAUGACCAGGCUCAAAAAUAACAGACCAGGUUUGUGUAUAUAUUUUAAAAUGGACUGAAAAUUUUGACAAGAUUUAUCAUUUGUUUCCACCUUCAUAUGUGAUCGCAAAAAUAAAACCACUUAAACCCUCUCCAAUCAACUCAGUUAAAGAUUUUGUCUAUUGUAAUGUCAUGUAUCUUCACAGGAAGUUUGUUAUUUAUGUUUUCUGUUAAAAUAGGUGGAUAGUUUGCCAAAACAUAUAGGCAGUCAUGCACAUGUUUUUCAACAACCAGUUUAGGGAUCAGAACAGUAUGCAAAGAGGUCAGCCAAUAUAUUUCAACAUUUCAUAGUCUAAGUGCUAAGGGGUUAAUGUAUAAUAUUUUACGGGUGUAAAAGGAUGGCAAGCUUUAUGUUGUAAAGUUAAUGAUGAUGUGGGAUUAUGCUGUUUUUCUGUUUUUGCUGUUAUCUCUUUCCAUGCAUGUAGCCAUGAUCUUAAUUGUUACUUUCAUUGUCUCAAAUAGCAAUGAGUAAUAGCUGCUGAUUGCUAUUUCACAGAAAUAAUUUGUGAGUGUGUCUAGCAAUUCCAUUGCUGGGUUAGGUUUGCAUACUUCACACAGUACAAGAAGAUGUGCAUUUGCCAUUACUGAAUGCUCACUUCUUGGUGGAUAGAUGACAGCACUUAGAGGAAGUCUACAGGACUGAUUAAUUUCCUCUUGAAUUCACUGUUGAAAGUACUCACUUCUCUCCAGGCCUUCGAACUCCUGCUUAUUGACUUUUAGGGAUUAUUUGCUACUAUUGUUAAUUACACACUGCAUGCAUACUGGAUGUACUGUAUCCUUUAUUCCUUUUAUCUUCUUGAUUUGAGGAAAAGCAGAAUGUUUUAUUUGCGACAGUGCACACAUACCACAGCCUUAAGGGGGAAAAAUCCUGUUUGUUUCUGUUUCUUGCCUUUUGUUUCAGAAUCACCAAUACCUCACUCAUCAUCUAUUACAAAAGACUUGAGUUAGGUAGGAUGCCUGUAUAGAACAAACAAAUACUUCUACACUUUGUAUAAAUCCUAUUUCACUUCAGAACACAGCAGAUUAUUUUGGCACAAAUUACACUUGAAAUAAUUCAUCAUUUGAGAAUUAAAAUGUGUAGUAGUAUAGUAUAACACAAAUGGUAAUGCUGAAUUUUGAACACAGCAACACACAUCCAUUUAUAGUAUACUGUCUAUAUUUGUCUUAUUGCACAAUCUCUAAACUACAAACUAAUGAUGGAGUCAUGCAUGAUCUGUAUAUCUUUAUGAAUGAAUAACCAGGGAGAAUGGGGGGAAAAAAUCUAGUGUGUAAUAUUAACUGCCACUUCAGGACAGAAGUGUGUAUAUGGUAAUGUAAAUAAAAUCAAUACCUAUAUUUGUUUAUUUUCUCUUUGGCUUUUUUCUCUUUCUCAUCACUUUUUUUUCUCAUCACUUUUUUUGGUAUACAUUUACCUCUUCUGUAGGUGUGUCUUGCUUAUCAAGAAAAAGAGUGAUUGUUUUGAGUAACUAGGAGAUUGUAUUUGAAUCGUUGUUCUGAAUUUAUCUGCCUUUUGCUCUUUUACUUAAAGGCUUCACAGUGAUAGUACUGUACUGCCAUUAACAAGACACUAAGAUAAAACUUUCAACUACUUCUGACAUGUAGUUACAGAUCAUCUGAAUUAUUCACAAUACUAACCUUUAAACAAUAGGUUCUACAAGUUCUAAAAGAAUUUGUCAGUAACUUUAAGCAAUAUCUCAUCAUCAGCAUGCUGAUGACAGCUUGGUUGGUUAUGUGAAGCACGUGUUAUCAACCCAUAUCUUAAAUAUAAAGAGGACUUUAAAUUGAACAUAUGCAAUGAUUUCUAUUGCUUUUUGUCUCCUGGUUGAUUCUCUGAAUCCAGUUUUGGCGUGUUAGACCGAUCAAACAGGAUGGUUUCUAAAUACCAGCCUGUGUCAACAGAAACUCUGACAUAAAGUUUGGAUAAUUAUCCCAUUAGAACUAAAAAUGUGAUACUUAGUAAAAGUUGCACCCUAAUUGGCUUCUUUGCUAUCUAAUAUUAUGAAAUAAGGUAAAUACAGUGGGGCUUAGGAAUUUUUAAUAGGUGUAAUUUUUUUUGACAUACUGCAGACAUUUUUGACCAUUUAAUCAACAAGUCAAAAAUUAUAAGUGAUUGAUCAGUCAGUUGUGAGAAAUAGUUCAUUUUAGCCUGACAGUUGGUAAUAUUAGUGACUUGGGAUUUUAAGCUAGAGUAUGUUUGUUUCCAUUUACACGUAUAGGUAAGGUAAGGAUAAGCGGCUGUAUCAGUAGCUGCUUUGCCCUGCAGGUAUAGGCCUACUCCACACAGCCCACAGCCAUAUAACACUGCUGGUACUGCAGUUUAGACAUUACAAUAGUUAAUGAUUGAUCAGAUAACACAAACACGCUCAGUAGUGGUAGGCACAACUAAUGAAAGGUUUUCCUUCUUAUCUCAGGGUGACUGUCUUAGGCAGUGGUUAUCAGAGUAGACCUUGAAACUGAUUUAUCACUGAUCAAUUUUUUUUACUUGUAACUGCCUGGGCUAUUUCAGAAAGCUUAAGAUAAAAGAAUAUAAACAUCCUUUACCACCCACUGGAAUUUUGAACUACAAGGAGACCUCUUUGGUUUAGGUUACAGGUUUCUAAGCCCAUUUGGAGACCAUGUCAGGUUUAAGUAAACUGGGAUAAACCUUUUUCACUACAGGAAAAGCAGGAAACAUGUAAUAACAACAUCAACAAUGGCUGCUUUGCUUUUUUUCCUCUUAUUAUGUGUGCCAGGGCGUGGGCCUUAUUGUGCAUGCUGACUCUGAGGCACUCCCAAGUUUUUCUCAAGUAAAACUACAGAAAUACAAGGAAACUGUGCUUGAAAGAAUCAAAAGCAAAAGUGCACUUUUCAGAGUGGGCUCUUUUAGACUGUUUUAUACCACUAUUACUGAUGCAUUAACAUGUAAGUUCAUGUUAUGGUUGUAGCAGGUUGAGGUGGAGCUUAUUUUAUAUUAGUUUUACUCCUCAACAUGCAACGUUUUUAUAAAUGAAUGCUUUGUACAUAAAAUGUAAUGUUUAUCUGCAAAGUGAAUAAAAAGAGGUAUAAUGGAGUGAAAAAGUACAAUAU